CCUUCGCCAAGGAUGGCAAAAAGUCAUUCCCAGUGGUUGUGUUAAAAAGGAAAGUCACUAACCGUUAUCCAAUAGUUUAAUUUGGUGUAAAUGAGUCCUUCUUGACUAUCUGCCCCACAACACACACGGCUCCUGUAAACACUGCACACACGCAGAGAUAUAUUCUCUUUGUGUGUAUAUAUAAAACGCGCCUACCGCACAAUCGAUUGCCAAUAAUCCAGCACCCGCGUAAAACGUGAACAUUGUGGAAAUGAGCGUAAAGGGCUGCCGUUCGCAAGAUAUCAGCGCACGAUACAUCAUAUCCCUGUCAGACAAUCGCCAUGGACAACGCGUCAGCCAAUGUCUCCAGCAGUACAACGGUUGACCUUUACCGGGCGAUUCCGGUGUCGAUCCUCUUAGCCGUCAUCGAUCUCAUCGUCAUCUUCGGCAACAUUUUGGUAAUUUUGGCGGUACUGACCACCCGCACACUGCGGCAGAUAACGUGUAAUUAUUAUAUUGUGUCCCUGGCUGUGUCGGAUUUACUCUUGGGCAUCUGUGUACUGCCAUUCAGCUCGGUAUACGAGAUUCUAAAUUACUGGAUUUUUCCGUCGUUCUUUUGUGUCAUCUGGUUAACCGCGGAUGUUCUUAGUUGUACGGCUAGUAUACUGAAUUUAUUAUGCAUCUCCGUCGACCGGUAUCUGGCCAUUUCCAGGCCGCUCCACUAUCACAAUUACAGCUCCACCAAAUUUGUCUUGAUUAUGAUUGGUGCGGCGUGGGUGUUAGCCAUUUUCGUCUCCGUGGCACCGGUGUUUGGAUUCGAGAGCGGUGCCGGUGAUGGUGCGGGACGGACGGACGAAUGCAAAGUGGCGGCGAGCGGCUUGUUCUGGGCUUUGUACAGUUCCGUUGGCUCAUUUUUCCUUCCAUUAUUUAUCAUGCUAUUCCUCUAUUAUCGCAUUUAUUUGGUGGCGGCCAAACAUAGUAAGUUUAUGCGGGAAGAAAGGGAGCGUUUUGCUUCGUAUGCACUGCCGCGGGAUGAAGUGCCGGCGCCGACAACCGCUGUCGCCGCGGAUACCGGUCGCAACAUGUCGAUAGCGGACAGUGAAUCAAUUGCGGCGAAACCCGAUCAUCCGCGGAUAUCACGGGUGAGCAAAGUCACCAUUCAGUCGGCGGAAACACCACAGGGCGACUAUCAGAUCCUGCCCAAAGACUCGGUCCAACUCCAGCCGGGCACAAUGAAAAGGUCAACCCUUAUGAAACGACUGCGCCGGAUGUCGAAGGAUCAAAAGGCGGCCAAAACGCUUUUCAUUGUCAUGGCUUGUUUUAUCGGCUGUUGGCUGCCGUUCUUCACCGUCUACCUAAUCGAUGGGGUGUGUAAACAGUGGUGCGCCAUUCCGUCAUGGAUAUUUAAAGUGAAUUUCUGGUUGGGUUACUGCAACUCCAUGUUGAAUCCUGUGAUAUACGCGGCAAGUUCGCACGAAUUUCGGACAGCAUUCCGUCGCAUCCUGCACUGCGCACUGAACCCCAUUAACACCGACCAAUUUGCCGAAAUGGACCAUCAUCGUGCCCAGAAUAAGAUGGCCAGUAGCUCCACGGGAAACGCAUUAUCAACCGGUCGACCAACUGGGAAUGGCUUGUCAAAAACGGCUAAUCGCUUAAGACAUUGUGUAGCAUCGCAUUUUAUUAGGAAGCGAACUAAUAACAGUCAUGAACCGGCAAAAUCUGAUCGAUUUCCGGCUAAUACCAAUGUUGCCGGCGAGAAUUAUCCUCCUGUUGUCCAACAAGAUACACGACUUUCCCCAAUUACAUCUCCGGGACAACAAGUCCGGAAAAUUGCAAAUUUAACUCUUGAGAAGCAGCCUCUUGAAAUCUCAUCAGAUGCUAACGCGACCCUUUCCACGGCCGACCACAGAUUAGGAUCCAAUCAAGUCAAUAGCCCAGUAAAGUAUCCUUACUCGAACACAUGCGCCAGCGGAACAUAUGCGUCACCGGAAGUAGUACCUGUUGUUGUUAAUACAAAUACGCGUGCGCAAGUGCUGCUCACUCCUACAUCGCCCAGCGGAUCCCUUACGCCGGUCCUUACACCAGACAGCGCCUCUGCCGCCGCCGGAAGUCCCGGUUUGCCUGACCGGGAAAACUGGAUAACCACUAAAAAUAAAGCCAAACGCGUUGUUGCCAUCCUGGUGAAUAAAUUCCCCCACUAUAACAGUCCAGAAAAGAGUCCCAUUACCAAUGGCGUAAUACAGCGCGUGGUAGAGGUGGCCGAUGCGGGAAUUUCCACCAACGAGCCCGAGGUCACCGACAUCGGCGUACAGACCAGUGUAUCGUUUGUGGAUUUAGGACUUAUUUAAACUCACAAUUAUUUGUUUUUUUGCUCAAACUUCUCAUGAUUCGAGACAAAGUAUUACUCUGCAAGGUGCAAACCGAGACUAAUAAGCAACUCGAAACGCCGGAUUGUU